AGCAUCGACAAAAAGGACAAAAAGAAAAAAAAAAAGAAAAAAAUAAUUAAACAAGCGUCAAGCAAAAUUAUUCGCCGUAAAAAACAGUUUUUCCGAGUGUUAUGUCUUGUUCCAAGUACUAUAAUUUAUCCUGUAGAUGUUUUUGAAUCGUUGGAGUUUACUUCGAAACCUCCCGUUUUUAAAAAAGUGAUUUUGUGCUGCAUGAUCCGGUGCCGGAAAAACGAAACAAAAUAAAAAUGGAGAAUGACUCCACUACAGUGGCUGAAGAAAAUAGGUCUAAUGUUAGCGAUCUGGAAAUAGCAGGGAAAACAUCGCCACUUAUCGAUACGGUGAGCCCUUGUCCUAAUGAGGAAAAUAUCACCGAAAAACAGACGGAUCAAAGAACUUCAGAGGACAUGAAUCAAGAUAAUCCUGCUGCAAAUGUCAAUGACCAGAACGAUAAUAAAACGGAAGACACUAAACCAACAAACGGGAGCAACGAAACCGAUGUAAUCGAAGACGUAUCGGUAGAAAAAUCAGCUUGCUCGCAACCGGAAAAGGAAAUUCCGACGGUUGUACCAAAAUGUGAAAGCAGCGAAGCGGACAAUAGUUGUGCAAAAGAAGAUGUCGAAGAAGCCACUACUAGUGACAAUGAUAGGUUAGCCAUUGCGGACCCAUCGGUUUCGGCCGAUACAAAGUCUAAAGAGAACGCCGUUCCAGAUGAGCUGGAGGAUACAAUUGAAAAACUUGUGGAAGUCCCGGAGAACAAAACAUGCGAAUUGCAGGAAAACACAACUGAUCCAAAACAAACGGAGGAAGAGCCAGAAGCAAUAGAAAUAGAUGAUGGUAAAUCUUCAGCAGAAAUUCAUCCGGGCUAUCCAGAUAAUGAAAAAAAAUCCAUAGAAGGCGGAAAUGUUGAUCUACAAGAAACAACUGCUGAAGUUACUGAGGCAAAACAAAAGAAUGAUCUGGUUGAUGUAUCAGAAAAAGAAAAGGACAAUCAGCCUAAAGAAUGCGUUGGAAUCGAGGAUGACGAUUUGGCAACAGUUGCCAGUGAAGAGACCGUAACAAAAAUGCAAGUUGAUGAAAUGGACGAGGUAGCUAAAGAACGGACAAUCGAAGUAAAAGAAGUUACAUCUGAGCAUAGUUCAUCUGAACAAGAAAAAGAAGAACAAGUCAUGACUGUGGAUGGAGUUGAACAAAAAGAGGAAAUUGUAGAAGAUAAUACUAGCACACAAUUAAACGUUCAAGCGAUUAAGACAGACAAGGAAAUAGCCAGUCCUAUAUCGGAGCAGCCUCAAGAGAAAACUAAAAUUGAAAAUUCCGAAAAAUCGGCUGAGCACAAAGAAAAGGCAGACGAUGAGAAACCUCCAGCUGAAGGUUCGAAUGGAAAUAAACCAGAAAUACCGGAGGAUUCUACUAUUGACAAAGAAAAGAAAACUAAAGAAGAUGAUGAUAUAAUUCUGAUUGAUGAUGAAAAAACCACUAAGAUUGAGGAAGACGAACAGAAAUCUGAGAAAACUGAACCAUCUUCAAAGAAGUUACGGCUGAGUACUGAAGAGAAGGUAGAAGUGAAAACGGUCGACCAGGAUGCAGAUCAAAACAAAACUGAUUCAGUGAAGCAGCCUGAGAAAACUUCUAGAAAAGAAGAAGGUGAACCUAAGGAGGGUAAAACAGUUUCCGAAGACGAGGAAGUUGUAUUAGUUGACAGCGAAUCUAAAACUUCCGAAACCACUGUCGAUGGUGAUAAAGCAGCUGAAUUAGUUGACAGCGAAUCUAAAACUUCAGAAACCACUGUCGAUGGUGAUAAAGCUGCUGAAGGAAAAGCUGAUUCUAAGGAAAAAGAAGAGGGUACUGAUAAAAAAGACAUUUCAAUUGAAUCGGAUGCGAUAAAAUCAUCCGCUAAACCGCAAAAGGAUAAUUCCGAUGAGGUUAUGGUUGUAGACUCAGACUCUAAAGAAUCACCCGAUGCUCCCCAAACAGAUAAAAAGACGGAAGCCGAAGCAACUGCAGAUGAAAAAGCGGAACCUCCAAAAAAAGACAAAGAUGCCGAGUCGGAAAAUAAGUCUGACCAGAAGGUGGCUCAAAAUGGCACACCAACAAAGCGCUUUGUUCUGGAUGAGAACACUGGCAUGUUCGAAGAAAAAGAAACCCCUCCAGAAGAACCAGUACCGCAAGUGUUUGGCGAUUCAGAUGAAGAUGUCGUUAUGGUAGAUAAUUACGUUACCACUGAUCGGAAAUCAGCUUCCAAACCUCCGCCGAAGGUCCAGCCGCAAAUAGCAGCGCCUUCAAAAACGGUUGCUCCAAAGGCACCGGCACCUGCUCAACCGGAGACAGCAAAAAAACAAUCUGUCGCGGUCAAACCAUCUCCGAAACCCAGACCGGCGACCGUGUCUGUCGAGUGUAUCAAUGCCGAGUGCAAGAAGAACACGAGGGAAACCGCUCCGGCACCAGCAUUCGCAUUAAACUUCUUUGGAAUUCCGAAGAAGACCAAAAAGCAGCGAAUUUGCUUAACCUGCUACGACGACGUGGUGCAAAAGUAUUCGAUUUUGGGUGGAGCGGUGUUGGAUCAACAGCCCUUGUUGUUCUGUGAGAUGCCCCGCAAAAACGAACUCGUUGAGAUCUCAGACAGCAGCGAAGAGGAGGAAGACGAGGACGUUAAAAUGGAAGCAGAAAAACCACUUCCACCUGAAAUCAUUUCGUUAGUGGAAUCGGAGCUGAACGACAUUAUCAGUAACACUUUUGAGAAAAUCAACAUCAAUCAACAGCUCGACUGGACAGAGCAGAUCAUGAAGCAAAAGAUUGCCUAUAAUACGAAACUUUCCGAUGAGAUCAAUAACGAAUUGAACCAACUGCAGCGUAAGGUCGAUCGUAUUCAUUUGCAGCUGUACAGUAAAUCUCGGCCCAGAUUCCAGGAUCUCCCUCCGAUCAACAUCUUUGAAACGGAAUACAACCGUCAAUCGUUAGUGCAGCAAACUAUUCAAGUCAAUCGUCAGUAUUCCCCCCAGAGACCGCUAAGUCAAGCAACACAGCAGCAGUUGCAGCAACAGCAGCAACAGAGUAAGGCAGGUCAGGUGACACUAGGAACCCAAGCUUCAGCGUCCUCAGUGUCGUCAGCUAAGGACGAAUUUUCCCGCCCUCCGGUUAUCGUUGGACAGUUCUACUUUGCCGUUAAGCACAAACUGCUCAGCAAUUGGGCCGAAUGUCAGGUCGUCGAAGCGGUCACGGUUGCCGAUAAAUCUCUCUACAAAGUCAACUUUCUCUAUAACCAAGGAGGCGGCAGUGCCCCCAUCAAAGUUGUUCCGGCCAAAUAUCUUGCCUAUCGACACUCGUUCAAUGUGAAACUUCCACUAGGAACUCGAGUGAUUGCUCGAUUUGAUGCAGGAACCACACAACCGACCGUCAAAACUCAACAAGGCAAGGGCAACUCAUACUAUCCGGGAAUCAUCGCUGAGUCCUUCGGGAAAUAUAAUCGCAAUCGGUAUCUGAUCUUCUUCGAUGACGGCUAUGCGCAGUACGUUACGCAUGCAGAUGUGCGUGUAGUUUGCGAAGAAUCUAAAGAAGUCUGGUCGGACAUUCACCCACAUUCGCAGGAAUUUAUUAAAAACUAUUUAAUGAACUAUCGCUCGCAGCGACCUAUGGUACAGGUUAAGGUUGGUCAGCGCAUAAUCACAGAAUGGAAGGGAAAAUGGAUAUAUGCCAAAGUCAUUGACAUUGAUGCCAGUUUAGUGCAACUGCACUUCCCAGACGAUAACCGAUAUGAGUGGAUCUACCGUGGUUCAACUCGACUCGGUCCCUUGUAUCAGGAGAAGGCUCUUAGUUUGAAUAAAGCAAGCAACAAGUUUUCAAAGUUCCAGAAGAGAAAUGAACCUUCCAUAGAAUACAUCACAAUAGAUGACGACGACGAUGAAGCCGACCAAACUAAAAAGCAAGAAGCUAAAAAGACCCACACUCCUCAAGAGCAGGCCCUUCAAGCUCUCAAGAAUCUCCAAAUGAGUCAAGCCGACUCGGCCAACCGUUCUGUGGCUAAGAAGAGCACCUUCCACCGUCCGACUCCAUCUUCUCAACCUUCUGCCGUUUUCAUGAACAGUUCCACCAUUUACUGCGAGGAUGACCGACCGAAGGGCAAGAUAGUCUACUACACUGCCAAGAAGCAUUUACCACCACUGAAAUACAAACCGCACGAAUGUAAUCCGAGCUGUUUGUUCAAAAUAACUCACAAUCUUAAAUCAUACAGCCCGAUGGCGAAACCGCUGCUCUCCGGGUGGGAACGACAGCUCUGUAAGAUGCGCUACAAGAAGGUGUUCGUCGUGUAUCGAGCUCCCUGUGGUCGCAGGGUGAGAAAUAUGUAUGAGCUCCACAUGUAUCUACGGAUGACGAGGGCUACGCUGAAUGUCGAAAACUUUGACUUUGACCCGAUGAUCCACUGCUUAGCAGAAUACGUAAUCGAGAAUCAUAUUUAUCACAACCCGGAUCUCUCGGACGGAAAGGAGUUCAUGGCUGUCCCGUGUGUAAACUACUUUGACGACAGUAAACCGCCGCCGUGCAUCUAUUCAACGGAGCGCAUACCGACAGAGGGUGUCAAUUUGAAUGUGGACUCUGACUUCCUGUGUGGAUGUGACUGCGAUGACGAUUGUAUCGAUAAGAGUCGAUGCCAAUGUUGGCAAAUGACGGUAGCCGGUGCCAAGUUCGGCAAUCCCAACACAUCAAUCGAUAACAUCGGAUAUGUGUACAAGCGACUCCAGGAACCGGUAGUGACCGGUAUCUAUGAGUGUAAUGCCAGAUGCAAAUGCAAGAGCAAUUGCCUGAACCGCGUCGUGCAGCAUCCGUUGAUGACGAAGCUACAAGUUUUCAAAACCAGCAAUCGUGGUUGGGGUAUUCGAUGCCUGAACGACGUUGCCAAGGGAAGUUUCAUCUGUAUCUAUUCGGGACAUCUGUUGACGGAAGAAGCGGGCAAUAUGAUAUGUCAGAUGAACGAAAACAAGGCUGGUGAUGAAUAUUUUGCAGAUCUGGAUUACAUCGAGACGGUGGAACAGUUGAAGGAAGGUUACGAAACGGAUGUUGUUGAGACGGACAGUGAAGCAGAUAGCGAUGAGCCGGAUUACGAUGCCAAGCAAGAUAGUGCUGCAUCGGAUGAUGAUUUUACUUCGACUUCUAAUCCAUCGGACGCCGCUGUAAAAACCAGAUCUCAAGUUAGGAGAGACAGUAGGCCAUCUACACAAAAGACGGAACAAAAGAAGUCCCAUAAGAAGAAGGAAGACGCUAAAACGGGAUCAGAUGACGAACGCGAGAUGGUUAAUCUUAUUCCGAAUUCCGACAUGACAAAGGAGGAUGCUCCAAGCCCCACCAUAAAGUUCCGAUCAGUUCGAAAGUAUUAUGGAAAGCACGAGCAAAUCUAUAUCAUGGAUGCCAAGAAAUCCGGAAAUCUUGGCCGAUAUUUCAAUCAUUCCUGUAAUCCAAAUCUUUUCGUGCAAAACGUCUUUGUUGACACACACGAUCUCCGUUUUCCCUGGGUAGCGUUCUUUGCCCUAUGCAAUGUACGGGCCGGUUCGGAAUUAACGUGGAACUAUAAUUACGACGUCGGAUCGGUGCCCGGAAAGGUUCUCUACUGUCAGUGUGGAGCGGAGAACUGUCGUCAGCGCUUGCUGUAAACCAGCAUACCUGACAGAGGUUAGUAGUACUAGUAGCGUGUAGUUUCAAUGUGUCUGUGUUCUUACAUGUAAACGGGGUAGAGUAAUCGACAACACUUGAUCGUGAGCCAACGAACAUAAUAAUUGUAUGGAAUAAAGAAAACCACCAAGAUCAGCUAAUUGUCAAACGUAAA